GUCCGUAGUCUCUGGUCAUCUCCUGUACAUGUCCGCAGUCUCUGGUCAUCUCCUGUACUAUGUCCGCAGUCUCUGGUCAUCUCCUAUAGCAUGUCCGCAGUCUCUGGUCAUCCCCUGUACUGUGUCUGCAGUCUCUGGUCAUCUCCUGUACUGUGUCCGCAGUCUCUGGUCAUCUCCUAUAGCAUGUCCGCAGUCUCUGGUCAUCUCCUGUAGUAUGUCCUCAGUCUCUGGUCAUUUCCUAUAGCAUGUCCACAGUCUCUGGUCAUCUCCUAUAGUAUGUCCGCGGUCUCUGGACAUCUCCUGUACUAUGUCUGCAGUCUCUGGUCAUCUCCUGUAGCAUGUCCGCAGUCUCUGGUCAUCUCCCGUACUGUGUCCGCAGUCUCUGGUCAUCUCCUGUACUGUGUCUACAGUCUCUGGUCAUCUCCUGUACUAUGUCCACAGUCUCUGGUCAUCUCCUGUACUAUGUCUGCAGUC